AUGGGAUUCUCUCGUCAAGGGGAGGCCGUGUCUCCACACACGCCUAGACGAGGCUGGGCGCCUCAUCGCCUGGGGUUUCUGUUCCACAGAAAAAGCGGAAGUCAAUCUUCAUCGCCAGCAUCAUGUACUGGAACAGCUCGGGAACAGAGUGAGGUGAAGCAAACUGGUAGCACGGAAGACGUGCAGAAACAUGGCGAGACUACGCAGGCGGACGGCCCCCCCAACAGCGCAGAGGAGAUUCCAACCCCGCUCGCGAUCGAGAGCAGAUCCGCCACCGCGCAUUCAACACCUCAAUCUUCACCUUCAUCAUCAGCGUCCCGACUUUUUUUCAAAGGCAUGUAUAAACGAUUGAUGAAAAAGCCAGGUAGCCGAAACAGGCACCGCAGCACGGCACCGCUGCGCAGUGUAUCUCACGAGACGCUAGUCGUUCCUGAGACACCCGAUUCCCCGUUUACCAGAGUGAAGUCCGUGCAUUUCGGUGCCCUGGUUGUUCAUACCUACCCCCGCGAAGCGCAACAUGGCAGCUCAGAGCCGCCUCUCCAGUGGUCACAGUCAGACUCUUCAAUCAUGUUUAUCCCAGUUAGUGAAAGAACUAGUGACGGGAGCGAGGAUGGAAAAGACGAUUACAUCUUUUCCAGCAAUCCCUUAGCGCCGAUGUUCCUUUCCGGUCGCAGUGGUAGCUCGGCUUCGUCAUUCGGAUCGGUCGAUGGACGCGGUCCUGCGUUACGCAUCCAGAAUGAUGGCGACGCACAGACGCCACCUGGUCGUCGCAUGCCCGCGGAACGACAUCUCUCCGAUAUUUCGGAGGAAGUGAAAAGCGGGGACGAAGAAGACAACAACAGCUGUGCGAGUGACCCCGGUGCGUUCCCGUCAAAUUCUUUUUUGGAGUAUCACGGUGAUGAAUUCGGGUUUCGCCACUACGUGAGCAGUACCAGCAGCAGAGGCAGCGCAAGCACCUCCUCUCACGCAUCGGCCUCGUCGAAUUCUAUUCUUUACUCGUUCUCUUCUGUUGUAGGCGGCAAGCCCGCAGAGCAGGGCGAAAAAGAACUAGAGAACGUGCUGAUGGGUUGGUGCUCGUAG